GAAAUCACUUCCCAAACAAUUGUUGGCAAUAGUGACUCAAAACUACCUCUUGAAAGCUGAUUGCCAGUUUAGACCAAGAUUUUCAAAAGGGGAUAGAAAUUCUGGAUGAAUUGUUUUGGGGAGUCACCAGUUGAUACCUCAUUUUCAAAGGGCAGGCGUAGAGUACUUCCGGAAAAUCAAGCUCAUUUAAGGUAUCUCAGUUUGGGCACAUAAAAAUGAGGCAUUAAUUACUGUUGAAAAUACCUGCGCUUCCAUCUAUUCAGCUUUGACUACACAGAGUCAUGACCCACUUUCAAUUGUUUUUCUUUUUCCUUGUGCAGAAUCAACAUUUGGAAUAGCCGCGGGGAUGGGAAACCAAACUCGGGUGACAGAAUUUAUUCUCCUGGGGUUCCCCAAUCUAUGGGGGUUGCAGGUCCUGCUCUUCAUUGUCCUCUUGUUGACCUAUGUGCUUACAGUAACCGGAAACUUGGUCAUUCUUCUGUUGAUACUGAGUGACCAGAGACUUCGCACCCACAUGUAUUUCUUUCUGGGGAACUUGUCCUUUCUGGAGCUAGUGUUAACCACAGUCAUCAUUCCAAAAUUGCUGUCCGGCAUCCUCGCUGGGAGAGUCCACAUCUCCUUUGCUAGUUGCAUGACCCAGUCCUAUAUCUACUUCCUUUUGGGAACCACCGAUUUCUUCCUUCUGGCUGUCAUGUCCUUCGACCGUUACCAAGCCAUCUGCAACCCGCUGCGGUAUGAAGCCAUCAUGAGCAGCAAAGUCUGUACCCAGCUUGUCCUGGGUUCAUGGAUAGGCGGCUUCCUGUGUGUCCUCUUCCCGACUGUGACGCUAACCAGGUUGACCUUCUGUGGGCCCAACACCAUCGACCACUUCUUCUGUGAUAGCUGGCCCCUCCUGCAGCUUUCCUGCUUUGACACCCGACUCCUCGAACGGGUGGACUUUGUGCUGUCCUCCUUCGUGCUGCUAAGCUCCUUGGCGUUCACCACGGUCUCUUACACCUACAUCAUCUCCACCAUCCUGAGGAUACCAUCCUCCUCAGAGAGGCGGAGAGCCUUCUCCACCUGCUCUUCCCACUUGACUGUGGUGGUGAUGGUGUACGGCAGCUCCAUAUUCCUCUAUGUCAGGCCAUCGUGGGGAAAGUCUUUGCUUCUCAAUAAAAUGGCUGCGACCUUGAGUUGCAUUGUGACACCUUUGCUGAACCCCUUCAUUUUUAGCCUCAGGAAUGACAAGGUGAAGGAGGUUUUGCAGGAUGCUUUCCGGCAGCAUAAGGUGAAAUUUUCCCAGAGGGUGUGAGGGAGACACCAAAUAUAUCCACUUCAGAAAGACACAGAACAUAUCCAAUGUAACCAUAGCCAACAUAGACAGAAUAGCUGCUUGGGAGUUGGGAUUUCUGGGAUCUAUCCCUGGUUCUCGUAGGAGAGUGGAGUAGGAGUAUUCUGGGUCAGAGCAUGGGGAUAAGUAGAUAGAGAGGGAUG